CUCUACAGGCUGGAGAGGCAGCAUUGAACGUUCGAGUGCCGAAUAAUUCAAUUGCCGUUGCGAUAUGUUUCAAUACUCACUCUCUUUCCUGCUGCUUCUAGCAGCUUUCUCUUCGUCUCUUUCUGCGAGCAGCAAGGCAGCAAAGCUGCAGCUCGACAGGCUCGACAUGAACCACAUUUCUGGUCUCAUCCACGACGGACAACCGGACGCGUGCUCUUUGAAGUUUGACGUCGGUGCUGACAAGAAGUACAUCAAAUCGACGGUCACAACUAAGAAUCUACGCACAGGAGAAACAAUCGAACUCACGACACUCACACUGCCGAAAACGAUCCGUCGGGUCAUUCCGGGGAUGCGCAAUACGAUUGUCGCGGCUGCAGCGAAUACAAGCCGGAUGUUGGCCGGACAUGCUGGCGCAGUGUGCGCCAAUGUGGCUGAGCUCUACGCUCAGCUUCCCAAUUUGUUGUAUUCGCAGACUAACGAAUUGGGAAGGAGUCAAGUGCGUUACAGCACCAUGUAUCACACCUCCAUUCUCAGCGCCGCGCAGCGUCUGCAACACAACGCGUCUUCCGUCUGCACGACGUCGCCAGAACAUGAACUGGGUAUCGGCAUGUUUAUGUGUCUGGAAGAUCUAGCGGAACACAAGACGCCGAGCUCAACCACAAUAUUUUCCAACUCCAGGACGAAGAGAGCGUGCAUGAAAGGAAGUGCUAGAGGAUGCUGCGGAAACUACUCGGGAUGCUGUAUCUAUUCGCACUGGUUUUGCUGGGUUCAUGAUGCCCUGUGUGAUUGUUGUGGUAGCUGGUGGUGCGGUUGGCAGUGCAAGAAAGGUAAAGGUUGCAAGUAAGGCUCUAGAAGCAAGCUACGCAAUCAAGAAGAGUGUACUUGAACGGUUAGGUAGAUUAUUCGAUGUGACUAGACAGAUAUGCUGUCGUGGAGGUUUGUGGUUUGUGGUUUGUGUUUUGUUACAUUUGUAUGUGCUGCGCAUGCGCGCAGUCUUGAGUAAAUUUACAAAAGUCAAAA